AUGAACUCAAACGAACCUCAUGACCAAAAUGAUGUUACUUCGAAUGAUCGACAUCCAAAUAUCGCAUCGACGACGACGACAAGAAAGGGAAAACGGGUGAAAAAAAUAAAACGAUUCUUGCGGAAUAACUGUAAUAAAUCACGAAUAAUACUCUUCCAUCUAUUCAUCUUAAUGAUCGCGGCAAUCAUCGUGAUCAUAAUAUUUUUAUUGAAUAAUCCUUCCAUAUUCAUUAGACCACAUUGUAAAGCUCCGUUUGGCGCAGCAUCGUUAAAUUCGACGUUUAAUACUUUGGGUCAACUAGAAACGGGGAUGAGUUAUAACAGUAAUAACGAAUAUAAUGUAGUGAAUUCCCUGGGAUUCACGGGAAAAUAUCAAUUCACCGAACAGACGCUAAAAGAUUUAGGUUAUUAUACACCCAAAGACAAUGUUUACUAUAAGAACGGUAGCGAUAAAAAUAAUUGGGCUGGAAAAUUUACCGGGAAAAAUGGGUGCAACAGUUAUCAGGACUUUUUGGACAAUAAAUUUAAUGUUCAGGAAAUUGCUAUUCGGGAAGAAUUUCAAAUGGACCUGAGAAUAAUAAAUGAUACACUACCACAAAAUCAAUCUUUGGACAGUUUUCUGAAUAAACCGCUAAAAUUUACUGGGUGUAACAUAAGUGCUGGCGGAGUUUCGUUGAAUAAUAUUACAUUGGCUGGAAUAUUGGCUGUAGCACACCUGAUAGGAGCCGCUAAUGCUGCUCAAGCGUUAGUGAGUGGAAAUUCACCUUGCGAUGAUAUGGGCACAAGUAUAACAAAAUAUUUAACGGACUUUAGUGAAUGCGAUUUUCCCGCCGAGCAAGUCACCGAUGCUGUCAAUUCAUUCGAGAAUAAUUCAUAA